AUGGGCACGGGUAAAGGACGAGACGAUAUUUAUUCUUCAAAAUGGUUUGCUUACGAAAGUAUGAGGUUUCUACAUGACAGGGAUCAAGCAAGGAAAACCAGAAGCAAUUCACAAAUGGCCGAUGAUGACGUUAAGGGAAAUAAUGAAGACGACACCGAUAGCUUACACUACGACAGCAGUAACGAAGGUGCAGAAAACGCGAUUAUUGAUUUGAACAGUUCUCAUGAAGAAAUUCAUUCGGAUAGACACACGUCACCAAUUGCAGAAGUUAAGAAGAAAGUAUUUGUAUCUCCAAAAAAAUCUGCCCCAAAACGAAAAGCCGGGGAAGAUCCGCGUAUAAAUGCUGCAUAUCAAUAUUUAAAGAAAGCUGCUGAAAGGCCUCAAGAUAGUAAAGAUGAAUGUGCAUCAUAUGGUGAAUAUGUGGCACAUAAACUGAGAAAACUAGAUGACCGCCACCGAGCUAUUGCACAACAUAAGAUUAAUAAUAAUUUGUUUGAAGUAGAAAUGAUGCAGUUGUCAGCCCACGCACAGAACUCUCAGCAUACCCAAGUUUUCCCAUCCAUGUCCUCAACCCAAGUUUUCGAACCACCAAUUACACAGACUUAUAUAGCACGCUUUCCUUCAUUUGAAACGUAUAACAUGCCAAGAUACCAACGUACAGCGCAAGCUCCCGCAUUUAUUCAAAGUCAGAACCUGACAAAUUUGGACAUAGAAAUCCCCACACAUUCGUCUACUCCUGCAAGGACCCAGUCUUCAAUAGGCAGUACAUCGUCGAAUCUUUCUAAUUUUGUAGAAAAUUUCAGCCCCGAUUACGACGAUUAA